GGCAUAAGAGGAAGAGGUCAGGUUUGGAGAUGUAUUGACUAGGUCUUUGUCAAUCCACCUAUGUUGCAGCACUUUGAAAGCAUCACCCUACAGAACCUAAGCAAAACAGGUUCAGACCACUGCCCACUCUUGCUUAAAUGCUCCACUUUCAAGGAAGAUGGUCCUAAACCAUUUAGAUACAUCAAUGCUUGGGCAAACAACUCAUCUUUUUUGCCUCUCAGUGAUAAGUUCUGGAAUGACAACCCUAAUUAUGGUGGAAUGCUUGGUCUUCACCAAAAGUUCAAAAGGUUAAAAGUGGUUCUCAAGGCAUGGAACAAAGAAUCUUUUGGCAAUAUUUUCUCUAAUCUCUCUCAAGCUGAGGAGAAAGCAAAAACUGCUGAAAAUAUUUUCUCUAGUGACCCCACUUCAGCUAAUAGACAGUCUCUCUACAAAGCUCAUGCUGAGCUACAAUAUGCAAAUAUUAAUGAGCUUUCCUAUUUGAAACAAAAAUCCCAUCUUAAUUGGAUGGAACUUGGAGAUAGAAACUCUAAAUUUUUCCAAUCCUAUGUUAAAGGUAGAAGACAUUUGCUGAAAAUAAGGAAAAUCAAAGGGGAAAAUGGAAGAUGUAUAGAGGACACAGAGGGAAUCAAGAAAGCAGCUGUGGAACACUUCUCAAAAGUUUUCUCAGCAACAUCUACUCAAAACAUCUCUGAAAUACUCAAAUACAUCCCUCUGUCGAUUUCUGUUGAAGACAACAACUUCUUAACUGCUCUACCAGACAAUGAGGAGGUGAAAGAUGCAGUUUGGGCUCUGAACCCAAACAGUGCCCCUGGUUAUGGAGCUACCCGGCUGUCCCUUAUCCCCAAAAAAGAAUAUGCAGCCUCCUUUGAAGAUUACAGGCCAAUAUCUCUAUCUACUUUCCUUAGUAAAAUAAACACCAAUAUCCUGGCUUCAAGGAUACUGAAAGUCCUUCCCAAGAUAAUCUCAGAUCAACAAAUUGCUUUUCAAAAGGGUAAAGAUAUUGCUGAUCAUAUUCUUAUGGUGGAGGAAAUGUACCAUGAGAUCAACAGGAAGGUAGAAGGAGGUAACAUGAUCAUUAAGCUUGACUUAUCUAAGGCUUUUGACAGGCUAAAUUGGGAAUACUUAAGGGGCAUCCUGGGAGCUUUUGGAUUCAAUGAAAAAACUCAAAAUCUUCUCUUAGCUAACCUGAAAGCAACAAGAUUCUCCGUCCUAGUCAAUGGAACUCCUUCAGGUUUUUUCAAGAUGGCAGGAGGGGUCAAACAAGGGGAUCCCCUAUCCCCACUCCUCUUUAUUAUUGGUCUGGAAGGUCUUAGCAGGUUACUCAUCUCUCACCACCAUUCAGGUUACCUUUCUCCAUUUAAUGCAGGAAGAGUCCCCAACCCUUCACACCUUGCCUAUGCUGAUGACCUAGUCAUUUUCACUAAUGGCAGAGUCAGAAAUCUCCUCAGGUUGUCCAACUCCAUUUCUAGCUUUCUCCAAGCUUCUGGUCAGAGGGUCAACUUACUUAAGAGUAAAUUCUACACUUACUCUAGCAUCUCCCCACAAGCACUCUCAGCUAAGGAAAGAGCAUUAAAGAUUCAACAUGAUAGAAAUCACUUAAACUAUCUUGGGGUCCCAAUUUGUAAGGCAAUUUUAAGAAAGGAAGACUGUGGCUUCCUUAUAGAACACUUUGACAGAUUACUAUCCUCUUGGUAUAACAAAUCUCUCAACUCAAUGGGUAGGCUCACCCUGAUCAAAUACACUCUUUCUUCUAUUCCCUUGCACCUUAUGUCUGUUCAUAAACUCCCUAAAUCAAUAUCCUCAAACUUGAUGAAAAGGAUGGCCAAUUUCCUUUGGGGCGGGAGGGAAAAUCUAAACACCAUUGGGUCUCUUGGACGAAGAUAUGUCAGCCAACAGAAUGAGGAGGACUGGGGAUAAAACACUUGGAUAACAUACAAGAAGCAUGUGCACUAAAGCUAUGGUGGAAAAUAAACAAUAACUCAGAUGGAGGAAUGGGGAAUUUUCUUUCAGCAAGGCCCUUUCAGCUUCCAUCAAUAGCUACUGCUUGACCCUCUCCAGCAAAUUGAUUUGGCAUAAACUGCAGGUCCCCAAAAUCAGCAUCUUCCUCUGGAAACUUCACUCCGACGCUCUCCCCCUUUCACACAACUUGAAAAAAAUCUCGAUUCAACUUCCAUCCUUUUGUCAUUUGUGCAAGAGGAAUGAUGACUUGCCACAUCACUGCUUCCUACACUGCCCAGUUGCCAAAGAAGUUUGGAGCCACUUUAUCCAAAUCCUAUAGGGGCCCAAAAUCAACACUAAUCUCAAAAUACACCAAUACCUUUUGCAGUGGUUUAUCAAAGCAAAAGGGAAAAGCUUCACAGCUCAUCUUCUUAGCAUAAUCCUAGGUAUUAUUGUAUGGACUCUUUGGAAAGGAAUAAAUGAAGCAAUCUACGACUCCACUCCCAGCUCAUCCUCGAGAAUGAUAAACACAAUCCAUUGGGAAAUUCAAGGUUGGAUCUGGAUUCACAGAAAAAAGAAGUGGAUGAUCUCUGAAGGAAAUGCAGACUCACAUUUCCCAAAUCGAUUGUGGUUGAACGGGAAGCGUUUGAAGAUAGGCUUAAUU